GGCGUGAAUAAUAAACACACACAAUCAUUUUUUUUUUGUUGAUAUAUAAAAGCUAGCUCAGUGUUAGCAUGAGUUUACAACACCGUGGCGAAGUGAAAGUCUCUGACAGUUGAUUUUGAUCACCGGAGCUGUAAUUUUCUUCGACAAAAGAUGUGUGAACCUACAUGCUAUCUAGCAUUAGCUGCUAAUACUAGCCUUCUCUCUCGAGUUCACUGUUGCCAGUGUUAACCCAGCGAUCCUCGCAACCAAGUUACCGUGACGAGCUGGUUUAAGUGGCGAACCAGAACCUUUUCAGUGUGGGCUUUAUAAAAUGUCUGGCACGUCGGAAAUGAGCCUGCCACCCGAGUGGAACGACGACGAGCGGAUGAACUUUAUGUUCUCCGAGUUCAAGGAGAACCGGGACGUGAACACCACGGACUGGGACAGUAAGAUGGACUUCUGGACAGCUCUCAUCAUGCGGAGCUGCAGGCGGCGCGGCUCCGUGAUUGUCAACCUACAGGACCUCAACAAAACCUUCCAAAGGAAAGAGAAAACACCGCUGGGCCUUUCGACUGUAAUCCAGACCAUGGCCAGGUGUGGGAAGAUCCAAAGAGAGUCUGAGUUCGCCGCCAGCGUGGACUGUGGGUGGGUUUCCUGGAGUGUGGGGAUGCUGCUGGUGAAGCCACUCAAGUGGACCUUCUCCACGCUUCUGGGCAGCAACAGAGUUCCUCUGGAGGAGUCUUUCGUUGUUAUCGAGCAAGUAAAGGAGAAAGCCGCGGAACUGCUAAAGGUCUACCGAAGCAGUGACUUUUCAAGCUGCUCCAUCAUCUCAUUUCAAGAGCUGUACACUCUCGCCUCCAACAUCUGCGCUGAUGAAAGCACCCUGUGCAUGGCUCUGCUGCAGCUGCAGAAGGACAAGCUGGUCAUAGUUUCCUUGCACGAGGGAGAGAAGAUUGUGAAGUUUUGUCAGCCAGGACAGGAUCGUGUGUCUCCGGUUAGUGACGUAGACAUCGGGAUCUACCAGCUGCAGCGCAGCGAGAAACUUCUGGAAGAGCGUGUGCAGAAACUGAGCCUGGAGGCUGACAGGUGCAAAGAGGAAGCAAGAAUUCUGCUGCGAGACGGGAAGAAAACACAGGCGCUGAGGUGUUUGAGAGGCCGGAAGAGAGUGGAGAAGAGAGCAGACAGCUUGUUCGCCAAGCUGGAGACCAUCAGGGGAAUCCUGGAACGAAUAGCGCAGUCGCAAACCGAUAAGAUGGUUAUGCAGGCCUACCAGGCUGGAGUGUCUGCUCUGAGGAUGUCGCUUAAAGAUGUGACUGUGGAGCGCGCCGAGAGCCUGGUGGAUCAGAUCCAGGAGUUAUGCGACACGCAAGAUGAGGUGAAUCAAACCAUUUCCAGUGGUGUAACUGCUGCAGUAGAUGAAGACAUGGACGAGUUGGAGAAGGAGCUGAAAGCGUUGCUGGAUGAGUCAGAGCCAGAUGUGAACACAUCAGGUCUACCUGCAGUCCCAACGAACCGCCUGGGUCCCGCCGGUGAGCAGAUCCUCAGUCCUCUGCCUGACGUACCCCGCGGCCACUUGCAUGUUACCGCUGACGUGCUAGAGGAGGAACUGAAUCGAUUAACCUUAUCAGAAACAGGAUCUCCACAGAGGAAGGCAACGUCACCAGAGAGGAGAGCAGAGGCCGCUCAGUGAUUUUCAUCGACAUCCAAUUCAAAACAAAGCACUUUACUUCUUUCAAUAAAGACAAGUACAGAGGAGGCAUGCCAAUCUGGACUUUCCAACAAAUAGUGCCGGUCUACUUUUUAACUUGCUUGCUGUCGUAAUUUGAAUAACCCUUUGGCUCCAGUGGGAAUGCUUUUAAACCGGUUAAGAGAACCGUACAAAUGGUUUGUCCUGUGUUUAUGGAUUCUACGUGGAUGCUCGUCAUAGACCGUUGUGUAAAGUGUGUGACAGUGGCCUUCUGAGGUGUAAAGACGAAGCUGUGUAAUGCCAAAUGAUUUAUCAUAACCAAGUUUAUUGUUGAGAUGUACCUGGAAGGAUGGAAAAGAAUGCCUAAAGUGAGUUUAACCAAAUAUGUUUGUCAAAAAAUAAAAUUUAUUUUAAUCACUUGUCUUGAGGUUUAUUUGCGUUAAAUCAAUAAAAGAUAAAAAGCCCUGUUGGUCUGCACUCAUCCUAGCAACACUGACCUAUUGGACAACAUUGUGAAUCCUCUUCUCAUUUGAUUGUUUCAAAAUGUCUGACGAUGUCCGACAAAAUAGUUUUAAGGUGACUCCUCUGCGCCAUGGCAACUUCUGUCCUUUUCAAGUUAAAAUCCACUGUCUUGGGUAAUUUCUCCUUUUGAUUAGUAAGUUUGGUAAUCUAAUAAUCAUCUAACUGUAAUAGUGUGACAAGAUGUCAAUUUAUAUUCUUGCUGAAGCACAAAUGGUGGCCCCGAGUUCAAAAUGGCAAGUCAUCAGAUGUGUCACUAUCCAUGAUAAAAAAUUAAAAAAUACUGAAUAUUUUUGUGACAGUUCCCCCGUACCUCAUCCUAGGGGCACCGCUGUUGACAAACAAACCUGGCCCAGUAAAGUGACCUUUCCUCCAGCUUUUCUGACACUCAUUCGAACCAAGUAACCAAACCAAAAGCAUGGCAGUAAAACAAUCAUUUGUAUUCUUUAAUGACAAGUGAUUUUAUUGUGAAAAGCAGGCUAUUAAGAGAUUUAAUUACCAUUAUUGUGGUGGUGUGAUAGGUACAGAGUGCAUCAGGAUUGUUGCUUUUCUUUUUUUGUCUUCUUUUUUCCCGCUGGGUCAUUAAUAAACAAUAAAUUAAAAAAACAACUCAUUACAAAUUGACAGCCUUUUAAAAAGUACAGUUGGUAAUAUCACAAUGUCCAGCAGUGUUUUAAAAAUGCCCUUGUACGACAAAAAGCAUUAAUGAAUAUUGUUCAAACCUAAACGAAAUCCUCCGUCAUCUUUCCUCAGACACGCCCGCGCUCUCCUCCUCGCUCACACACGCAGAAACACUCCCUACUUCCAUAUAUAUAUAUAUAUAAAUAUCCAUAUUGCAUUAAAAUAUGUCCAGCGCUGCUUCCUUCUACGAAGCAAAGGAAAAGCUUCGACUCGAUAACCGGCACAUUUCAGUUACACACAUCGCAGCUUCUACCUACGGUCACGUGAGUAUACAGAUACCAAAUAAAAAAAGACAUUUACGGAGCAGCAGUGUUAUUACGUCACCUCUAUCCUACGAAGCUGCUGCUGACGUCUUGCUAUAUAGACUGCUGCUACCUCCUCUGUACUCCAGAUAUGUAACGGUGACUUCUAGCCAUGACUACGUUUCACAGCUUGAGCACGACUAGGCCGGUUAAGCAGGCACUGACGCAGAUAUUUGGCUGAGAAUUGGUUGUUUGCACCACAUAAAACAGAUCCGACAGGUCGAAGCAAAAAGGUCAAGAUGUGAAAAGUACAAAAAAAAAAAAAAACACAACUCAUUGGGAGAU